UCGCGGGCUCACCACAAGCUUGUUGGUGGUUUGAGCAACUUUAGUUUUUUAGAUUCCUUCGCUUUAAACCUCACAAAACAAGAUCUAAAAAUGAUAAAAUAACAACAAAUACAACCAUUUACCCUUCGAUGUUCUGUUGGGGAAAGAACAAUGACGACCAGCUUGGUCUGGGAGAAACAGAAGAGGAAAUCGUGACUCGACCAAGAAGCGUUGGCGAGGCAUCUUUUUCUCUGGAAAACAUAAAAUGGUUGUCGUGUGGUUGGAGGCAUACAGCCUUUUUGACCAAAAACAACGCGGUGUACACGUGUGGAAAUAACGACUAUGGACAGCUGGGGUACGAGAAGGAAGGUUGCCAACCUGAACAUGUGACAACCUUAGACACCCAUAGCAUUACUCAAGUAUCAUGUGGUGAAAACCACACCCUUGCUGUAACUGACCAAGGACUAGUCUUCAGCUGGGGAGACAACUCCUGUGGGCAAAUGGGACUUGGAAAUGCUCAGAAAAUGAAUAUAACAUGGCCUAGGAUGAUCAAACAUCUGGCAAAGAUGACAAUAGUACAAAUAGCAUGUGGAGCUAAUCAUUGCAUGGCCUUGUCUAAAGGAGGUUAUUUAUUCUCUUGGGGUGAGAAUACCUUUGGCCAGUUAGGAAUUGGUUCAACUGCCAACCAGUCUGUGCCAGUCCCAAUAUCAUCUCUUGAUGGAGUUCCAUUUGGUCUUAUUUGUGUUGGGGGAGCACACAGCUUUGCUUUGUCUACAUCUGGAGCUCUGUUUGGUUGGGGGAACAAUGAGUAUGGGCAACUUGGUGUUCAUGACAAUAAAGUCCGUCACAUGCCAACAUUAUUAAGAUCUCUGCGGUCACAGCAAAUAAGAUAUGUUGCAUGCGGAGAGAACCACACAGCAGCAUUGACACAGGAUGGUGGAGUAUUUACCUUUGGGUGUGGCAGCUCAGGGCAACUGGGGCAUAACUCAGACACUGAUGAAAAUUGUCCAAAAAAGGUUUUUGAUUUAAUGGGAAGUGCAGUCACUCAAAUUGCUUGUGGCAGGUCGCAUACUUUAGCAUUCGUUCCAUCAUCCAAUAAGAUUUAUGCAUUUGGCAAAGGAGAUAGUGGACAGCUUGGCAUUGAUAAUGUGACAUCUAACAGUAACAGUUGUGUACAAGUCAAAGGUCCUUGGUCUCCACAGCGUGGCAACCCUGAAACUGGCUAUAGAGUAUUAAAAAUGAUGGCCGGUGGUGAUCACUGCUUUGUUAUUGCUGAUAAAAAUAACGAUGAGGUUGAUGGUCCAGCUGAUUUGCGAGAUGAAUUGCCUGUUCAGCCUUUACUAACACUGUCAGAAUCAUACACAUGUGAUCUUGUCAAAGAAGCUUCAAUGGAAUCUGACCCAAGAGAUACUUUUGAUACUCUUGAAACCAUCUUUUCAUCGCAAGCAUGUCUGAAUGGAUCAUUUCUUAACAGACGAUUAGAUGAGAAAGUCAGUUCACGUGUUCAUGGAAUUGAGUUACCUGCGUUAAGAAGGUCUUUUCUUAGACUUGGAGCAAUACCCAAUGAACACAUCAAGGGUGCUAUGAUCUCAUCGAUUGCCCACUAUCUUAUUCCAUCCAUGCUUCAACACCUACCACCAGAUAUCGAGGCCCUGAGGGUCUAUAUUAUACUGCCAGAGUUUGAAAUGAUUCGUUCUAAACAGUGCUUUAAUGACAUUGUCAUUCCCUUCGGCAACAGUAUAUUACGACUAUCAGCAGAAGCGAAUAAAGUUUUGCGCCGCUGGUGGUCCUCGUUACCUUCAACAUAUUUCUCCAAUGUAUUGAAGCUUUUUCAAGAUGCUGUUCGAUUCAUGCUACAAUUACCAGCCCCAUCUACACCCAUUGAGAUUGGUACGAGACAAACAGAUCUCAAUGUUUGUAUGGAAGCACUGUCUUUACUAAACAAAGUCAACGCAGAGUCUGGUGACAUUGUUCCCUUCAAGGAAUUUUAUGUGCCUGAGAUCCAGCGCGUGGUGGACAUUAGAGCUGAUUACUACAACUGGAUUCAAAAUGAGAUGCAAACUUUACUGCGGGACUUUCCGUUUCUUCGCCGAGCAGUGAACAUGUUCUCAUUCUGUCGCUUUCCCUUUGUCUUCGACGCCAGUGCCAAGACCUUGCUGAUGCAAACUGAUGCUGUCAUGCAAAUGCAGUCAGCUGUAGAUGAGGUCCAUCGGCGUAAUGUGCAGUCCUUGAUAUCCAUGGCUCCAUCAACCCCGAUACACCCUUGUCUUGUCAUCCUGGUUCAUCGGGAGAACAUCGUCCAAGAUACUCUCACACAGAUAACAAAGUCACACCCAGUUGACCUCAAGAAGCCACUCAAGGUUAUUUUUGUAAACGAAGAAGCAGUCGAUGUUGGUGGAGUAAGAAAGGAAUUUUUUCUACUUUUGUUAACUGAACUUCUUGAUCCAAAGUAUGGAAUGUUUACUUGUAUAGAAGAAUCACAGACGAUUUGGUUCAAUGAUUUGACAUUCGAGGAGAGUCCAAUGUUCUUACUUAUUGGUGUCAUAUGUGGUCUUGCUAUUUACAAUUCAACUAUUAUCAACCUCAGGUUUCCUCCUGUCUUGUAUAAAAAAUUAUUACACAGGAAACCCACUCUCGACGACUUUCGAGCAUUUAAACCCUCAGUUGCAAGAAAUCUCCAAUAUCUAUUGGACUAUCACGAUGACGAUGUCGAGGAUACAUUUGGACUUGAUUUUCAGGUUGUACGAGAAAAAUAUGGUGCGGUCGAGAAAAUCGAUUUAAUACCAAAUGGAAGUGAAGUCAAAGUUACCGCUGAAAAUAGGGAGCAAUAUGUUGAUGCAUACAUCGACUACAACCUCAAUAAAUCUGUCCAUAAGCAGUUCGAAGCGUUCUCGAUGGGAUUUCAUCGUGUGUGUGGUGGCAGAGUCUUGGACUUUUUUCAUCCUCAAGAACUCAUGGAGAUGGUGGUUGGCUGUCAAGAAUAUGACUUCAAAAUCUUUGAAAAAGUUGCUGAAUACAAGGGAGAAUAUUACGACAGGCAUCUUGUGAUUAUGAACUUCUGGGACGUAUUCCAUGAGUUUCCUUUAGAUAUGAAGAAACAAUUUUUAGCAUUUCUCACUGGAAGCGAUCGAGUACCUAUAUUGGGAAUGGAGAGUUUAAAAAUUAUUAUUCAACCAGUGGCUGGUGGAGAACAUGGCGAACAUCUACCCGUCGCUCACACUUGCUUCAAUCUCUUAGAUUUACCGCGAUAUCCAACUAAAGAAAUCAUGAAAAACAAGCUUAGCCAAGCUAUACAAUACUCUACUGGAUUUGGAUUAGCAUGAAAUGCCUCAAAUCUGAUUGGCUGAAAGCCUUCAUCUCCUCUGUCCUCAUUGGUCGGUGUUAGUAUAUUGUAUAUUGGCAUCAAGUGAUAUCUUUUUGAAUGAAGUAAGUUUGUCAAUAUUUGGAAAACUUCUAAGGAGGAAGGUCUAAGGUAUACUAAAGUAGCUGGAAACCGAUYGACUACUAGUUAACCAGUACCCAGCACCCUCGGGCACAUCUUGCAACGGUUUGUAAACCACGGAGGUAUUCACUCAUAGCAAAUUUACUACGAAACUCUACACACACAUAUCUGGUCAGCGGUGAACGGGAAGAUGGCAUUUUAUUGGCUAAGACCAUCACGCCAUUGCGCGCAACGUUGCAUAAGUAAAUCUUGAUUCAACUACUCAAACGUUCCCGGUAGACAUUGAGCGUAGCUGCUACAAAGGUAGAAAUUAGGCGCAAUCACCUAUAAUAAUGCAGUAGACCCCUUGCAAGUGACGUCAAAAGAGUCCAAUUUGAAGAACAGAAAAGAAUUUCAAUCUCCUGAGAAUUGGAAACCUAUUGUCAUGUCCUCCAAAGUGAGCUGCAUUCCGACGUGUGCGUAUUCGAGCUCUUGGAUUGGUCGGUGUCAUCGCAUGUGGUAUCUAAUGAAUACAAAAUUUGUGAGCAAAAUUCGUUGCUCUUCACUAUAUUUAUUGAAUGAAGGACUUUGCUCCUCAAUAGCCAACUAACACUAGAUCUCGUCUAAUAGACACAAAUAAUUAUGAAUAUGUAAAGACGUCACAUAUGACGUCAUUUAUGAAGUCCAAUGACUUUUUCGAAAAAAUAUUCUUCGCCUAAAAAUGUUGUGAUUCGUAAAUUGAUGCUUUUUACGGUGUGCAGAUAUAAAAGCUUUUUAAAAAAAAUUAUUUAGAACUGAAAUACUCUUUCCUUUCUUGAAGAUCUACCUUUGUGUACCCCCAUGGAAUUCUCGGGGAUGAAUCUUAUGCUGUCCUUGAACUAAUCUUUUGGGUCGGUUUUGAAAGGGUAAUGGUGCUGCUAGCAAUGUUCACAAAGUUUUUAAGCCUGGCUCUCUCUGUGCAUCAGUAACCAGACAUGUCCCUGCGGUUUUAUAAAUAAACUGUGCUUCACUUUU